CUCUGCCAGCUUCCUUUGCGCAUGCGCGGUGAGAGCGGCGCGCGGCGCUCAAUGCCCAGGCUUUCUCUCGCGAGGAAGGACGCCAUUAUCGGAAUCCUCACAAACAACACGAGAAUUCAUCAUUCACACGCGUAGGUUUUAACAAUAUCCCCGGUUGAUGUGACACAAGCAGUUAUUUAUCGACGGCCUCUUUCUGAAGCGCAGGACUGAAUGAUGUCCGAGCAGGAUUUGGUGGAGAUAGUUCAGAUCGCUGUGGCAGAUUUAAAUCAUGAAGGACAUCAAACAGAUGUCCUGGAGAACAAUGAAGACGCCGAUCAACCGGGCAGGAAACGAGCGAGGCUGGACAUCAGCCAAGAGGCCUCUGUUAAGUCGAUGCUGGUGUCCAUCAGUCAGGCCAUCUGCCAGCGGCUGGACAGCAUGGAGGCCAAGCUGCAGGUCCUCGAGGCCACCUGCCGAGGUUUAGUGGAGAAGCUGGACACAGCGAUGGGCAAAAACCAGUCCACCAUCCAGGUGCCCAUGGUGUCGGGGUCCCCGUUCGGAGCCACUCAGACCUGCGACAAAGUGCGCUGUGUUGUUCCUCAGACAAACGUUAUCAUGAGUGGAGACCGGCCGAAGACACGGGAAGAGACGUCACCUCGCGCCUCAGACUCUUUAGAGAACCUGCUCAGCAAUACUGUUGGGCGAGGACGACAGAAGACGAUCGUGCUGAAGGUUCCCAUCCAUGAAGAGGUUCAGGAGGAUCAGGAGAGCGGCUCUGAGACGAGCGACUCGGUGUCCAACAGCGGCCAGCCUCUGUCCCAGAACACCAACAACGUGACGCUCAUCACUCUCAACUCAGAGGAGGACUACCCGGCAGGAACGUGGCUGGGUGACGAGAACAACCCCGAGAUGCGUGUUCGUUCUCCGGUGUCUCCGGCUGACAUGCUGCACAUCAGCACUAACUGUCGCACGGCCGAGAAGAUGGCCCUGACGCUGCUGGACUACCUCUUCCACCGCGAGGUGCAGGCCGUCUCCAACCUCUCCGGACAGGGCAAGCACGGCAAGAAGCAGCUGGACCCGCUCAUGAUCUAUGGCAUCCGAUGUCACCUGUUCCACAAGUUCGCUAUUUCCGAAUCCGACUGGUAUCGCAUCAAGCAGAGCAUCGACUCCAAGUGUCGCACAGCUUGGCGCCGGAAGCAGCGAGGACAGAGUUUGGCGGUUAAGAGUUUCUCACGACGAACCCCCGCCUCGCAAAGCGGCUCAGAUGGAGUCUCAGCCGCAGAGACGUCAGCCAUUGAGACUUCUACCCAGCAGGCCUUGCACUACGCUCUGGCCGGAGCAGCACAGCAAGUCCAGAUCCACCGUAUAGGAGAAGACGGACAGGUGCAAGUUAUACCACAGGGACACCUCCACAUAGCUCAGGUGCCACAGGGCGAACAGGUGCAGAUCACACAGGACAGCGAGGGCAACCUACAGAUCCACCAAGUGCAUGUCGGGCAAGACGGCCAGGUAAAUGUUCUAAGAGGGCCGCAGCUGAUCGCAGUGGCGUCGACCGACGGGACCGGCGGGGUUGACGCCUCUCCACUCCAGGGUAACGAUAUUCAGGUGCAAUACGUCCAGCUGGGAACGGUGACCGACCACACCGGCGCAGUACAAGCUGAAGCUCUGACUCCAGCUCUGCAGACGGAGAUGGACGUGAAGGAAGCCAUUCAGCUCCAGCAAGCCGAGAACGGAGAGGUGGUUCAGAUCCAGAUGCCAGGCACUUGAGACGCUCAUGCUAACUCCUCAUGUGUGUGUAAACAAAGAUAUUCGGCUAAAGCGUCAAGGAGAGGGCGAACCCGAGGAGCGUGGCCACUCAACCUCACAUUAUCUAAAAAACCACCGCCUUCACUCAGCAAUUUUUGACCGCUUCCAACGAAAACAAAUACAAUUUGUUGUAACAUGUCAGCUUGUAUGGAAACUGCUGGACCGUCCCACCAAAACCAGUCACGGCGUCCAGUCUGCUUAGCAAUGUAUAAGCAAUGAACAAAAAAAGAAAAGAACAGAAGGCUUUCUCCUCUCCGGUCUGUCUGAAGUACCUCAUACACAAGGAUCAAGCAUGUUUAACUGGACAUACGAGCAGACGGCCGAGUUACUGAGUUUAAACCGGUCACAAGUGUCAUUUUUAAUACGUAACACUUUGUAGACUUUUGCUUAUAUGAUAUUUCAAAAAAGCAGCGGUGUAAAAUGUGAUAUAAUCCAAGAUUUUUCCGUUUUGCGACCCUUUUGUGAAGUUUGCGAGCGUGUGUGUGUGUGUGUGUGUGUGUGUGUGUGUGUGUGUGCGUGUGUUUGUAUUGGUGAAGAUCUGGGGGUUUAUUUGAGGGCCGCCUGUCUUCAUUCAUCAAUUAUCAAUUUGUUUUCAUAAUGGUUAGUCUAAAUAUUUUUUGUUUCAUAUAACAUUAUUGUACAGAAAAAAAAAAUAAACUACUGAAAGUUUUGUGGAGCUUUUGUAGAGCAGUUUACGAAAACACAGGAAGAAGACGACAGUGAACUGUGUUAAUGUAUAUGAAAUAUGUUCUUUUUCAUAUAUAUAUAUAUAUAUAAUAUAUAUACAUAUAUUUGUGUAUGAAGGAUUUGUUCAAACUGAAUAAAUUACCUUUGUUUUGAAA